GGCGGAGGUAGUCAGGUUAGGUAGUCAGUGUAUAUUUUGCGAAUGAGCGCAGGUGUAGUCACUAGUUAGUCGCAGGUGCGUGAGGAGCCGCUGCGCCGAGUGUGCGUCGUGCGUUGUUCGUGCUAGCGACCUCAAUCGUGAAGAUCGUGAUAGGGUGAAGGUUGCCAGGGAGUUAUGUUGACAAAAGAGUGGGUUACCAAGAUCACCCACUGACGCAGAACUGGAGGCUGAGGUGUCAAGGCCGAAAACACCGCUGACAACCACAUAGUCUGCCACAGGUUGUGUUACAGGAGCACCACAUCACACAGUUUAUCACAACCUGUGUUUAACAGGAGCGUUGUGUGGCGGCUGUGAUACUCCUCACGCCGCCGCUGCUGCUGGGGCCGACCUCGAGCCCGGCGCGAGUGACUCCACCACUCGCUUUUUCAGGAAUCGUCGUUGGUCGGAUUUUCGGGUCCCCUAAAGACCCAAGACGUAGGAACUGCGCCACUACCCUGUCCGCGCCACAACUCCAGCACCACCAGCACCAUCAGGCUGCCCCAGAUGCUCAUCCCUGACAUAGGCGGCCAACCAACAGCCUUCUCUGUGCCGUCCACCUCCGACCCCAGAAACAGCAGGCCGCACCCCAUGAUGACGGCCCUGCCCCCUGCCCUCCCCUAUUACGCCCCAGGUAGCCGCGACAUGUACAGUCCCGCAAGGCCGUUGGUCUUCAAUCCCCAGACCGCGGUGGUGUCUGCCGCAAGCGGAGGAGCGCCUAUGGAAGGUAUCAGAUACCCGCCGCCGACCGCAGCCGCUGCCGCAGUCGCAGCCCGACAUUACGACAUAGCCCAGCAAGUCUUCUCUCAACACACGGCUGCCAUGGCCAAGCUUCUCGGAACGAUUCGGCCGCCUGGGAUGAUCGGGGGGUCUAAGCCGAAGGUGGCGACGCCGCAGGUGGUGAACAAGAUCGAGCAGUACAAGAGAGAGAACCCGACCAUCUUCGCCUGGGAGAUCCGGGAGAAGUUGAUCUCUGAGAGCGUGUGUACCAACUCUACCGCGCCCUCCGUGUCCUCCAUCAACAGGAUCCUUAGGAACAGGGCAGCAGAACGAGCAGCGGCAGACUUCGCUCGGGCUGCGGGUUACGGUCUCUACAGCCCGUACGCCGCCGCGGGAGCCAUGCCUUGGUCAAAUCCCGCAGCCGCCGCCGCCGCAGCUGCAGCCGCGUCUUCACCCAUCUGGGGAGGCGCCCCUCACGCCGCCCUUCCCGCCGCCUAUACCUCCUCAGCCGCCGCCCACGCCGCCCUCGGCCUCCACCACGUCCAUGCUGACAAACUUAACCUGUCGAUGACGCCCCAGCCCCACCACGACCACAGACCAGAGGACCUGGAGUGUGGGGAGUCGAGGGGUGAAGGCUCCAGCAGCGACUGUGGUGAGGACCGGCCGCCCACCGCCUCCUCCGCCCCGCCCACACCCGCUUCACCUACAUCCUCCUCAACGCCCACGCCCACCAGUAAAAGCAAGAUUAGCUUUAGCGUUGAGUCCCGUCUCUUGGCUACUCCGCCGCCCACCUCCACCCAUCAGGGCCACAAUACCAACAGCCCGGCACAACCCACGCCCACCAACCCCGCCCUAGGUACUGCCGCGCAUGAGAUGGGUCCUCUAGUAGCGCGAGCGGUUCCCGGUUGGCGUUAUCCUCGCUACCACCCCUGGCUCCACAACCUCACACGGUAGAGGCAGGCGGGCUGACCACUGUACUGUAUUAACAUCUGUCUCAACCAUCCCUCACCUCACAUACAGAGUCACACCAAAUGCCAUUUUACGCUGCAACCAAACCUUUACCAUCAUUACGGUUUACCUUACAACGAGCAUCACCACUACCAUAACCAUCCCCACCACCACCAUCCUCACAACCAUUAUAACCAUCGACCAUUACCAUCAUCA